AUGGACCCCUUCUCAAUCCUCAAUCAAGUUGCCUCCGCACCAAACGCAUUCAAAGAAAAUGAACCCGGUUCACGAGAAGCACUCAUCGCACACAGCCACCUCGCUCGUGGUCGCACUCGAAAUCCCAAGCUAAAUCAUCCAGCGCACUUUCUGGACAGAGGUAAAAGGACCAGUUCCCAAUUCCAUACAACCUCCAACAGUGCAAUAAGGAACCUGACAUUCUCCCUACUUAUACCACAGCCCUCCCAGUCCGCAACAAUCCGACUUGCCGUGGGCGUGCGCCUCUUCCAGCAGCUUAAAGAAGCAGCCCCAACACGCCUCACCUCGGUAGCUCUGUCUGAGAAAACAGGCGUGGACGUCAACCUCCUGACCCGUUUAGCACGACACUUAGUCGCCAUGAACGUGCUCGCCUUCCAUUUAGGUGCGUUUCAUGCUACAGCGCUGAGCAACGGUCUCGUCGAGGAACGAUACCAGCACAGUAUCUUAUUCUGCUAUGAUGCCACGCGGCCAGCCUUCAACGGGCUCCCGGCUUACUUCAAGAAAAACGCAUACCAGUCUCCGACGCUGGCCGGCACGUAUGGACCCUUUCAGGAGGCACAUGGGAUGGAAUUACCGUUCUUUGAAUGGGUCGUUGCGAUGCCGCCACAGCUGAGACAUUUUAAUUCAUUUAUGACUGCCUACCGUGCUGGAAAAGCGAAUUGGUUUGAGGAGGGCUUUUACCCCGUUUACCAACGGCCGAUUCGCGGGUCUGAUGCGGAGAUUGGCGAGGCGUUGCUGGUUGAUGUUGGCGGUGGGCGGGGUCAUGAUGUUAUUGCUUUCGUGGCGUUGUAUGGAGAUCUGUCCGGGAAGGUUUUGCUUCAGGAUCGUGAGUCUGUUGUUGCACGUAUUUCGGAAUGUGCGGAGGGGAGGCCGUUCGAGGUGCAGGCUUAUGACUUCUUUACGCCGCAGCCUGUGAAGGGGGCAAGGGCUUAUUGUUUUCAUUCCAUUUUGCACGAUUGGUGUGAUGAAGAUAGUGUACGGAUUUUGAAGGAUGUGGUGCCUGCUUUGGACAGGGGGGUUUCACGGGUUCUCUUUAAUGGGAUUGUUAUUAGCGAGGAGAAGUCGACGCUUGCGGCUACGAGUAUGGACAUGAUGAUGUUGGCGCGUUUUUCGGCGAGGGAGAGGACGGAGGUUGAAUGGAGGGAGAUUCUGGAGAGAGUUGGGUUGAUGGUCGUUAGGAUUGUUACUUAUCCUGGUGUUUCGGAGAAUUUGAUCGAGGCUGAGUUGGCUUAA